UGGACCAGGCAGGAGCGAACCUCCUCCUCGCCGGGUCCGAGUGGCAGCCAGGGUUUCUGGAACAGGCGCUCUAGGGGUUGAGGAGGAUGGGGACGAAGAGGCGGCUGCUCCCGGCCGCAAUCGCCCUGAUUUGGGGCUUUCUGCUACCUAUGACAGUUGCUCAGGAAGGAAUCAUACAUGCGUAUGGAAAUGGAACAUUAUCAUCUAAGGACUACUGCAUGCUAUAUAAUCCAUAUUGGAAAGCUCUUCCCUCUACACUAGAAAAUUCAACUUCACUUAGUUUGGAGAACCUGACCUCACCCCUCUGCAACUUUUCUGACAUUCCUUCCACUGGAAUAAAGAACAAAGCAGUUGCAGUAUCAUGGGGCACCUGCGAAUUCCUGGAAAAAGCCAGGAUUGCACAGAGAGGAGGUGCUAAAGCAUUAUUGAUUGCUAAUGGCAGUUUACUUUUUCCUCCAUCAGUUAACAUAUCUGAAUUUCAAGAUAUGAAAAUAAUAAUUGCAUUUAUGAGUAAAAAAGACUUGAGAGAUAUGCAGCAGACUCUUGGAAAUAAUAUUACUGUGAACCUGUAUUCUCCACCAUGGCCUAAUUUUGACUAUACUAUGGUGGUCAUCUUUAUAAUUGCUGUAUCAACUGUGGCCUUAGGAGGUUACUGGAGUGGCAUCAGCGAAUUAGAAGAUAUGAAGGCAGUAACAAACACUGAAGAAAGAGAAACAAAAAAGAAGGAAGACUCUGUAACUUUUACUCCACUUACAGUUAUAAUCUUUGUGGUUGGCUGUUGUGUUAUAAUUAUUUUACUUUAUUUCUUCUACAAAUGGUUAGUCUAUGUUAUGAUCUCAAUUUUCUGCUUGGCAUCUUCAAUGAGUUUAUACAACUGCCUUGUACCACUGAUUAGGAAAAUACCAUGUGGACACUGCAGGAUUACAUGUGGCAGCAAAAGCCUUGAAGUAAGACUUCUCUUUCUUUCGGCAUUUUGCAUAUCCGUGGCUGUUGUUUGGGCUGUUUUUCGAAAUGAUGACAGGUGGGCUUGGAUUUUACAAGAUAUCUUGGGAAUGGCUUUCUGUCUGAAUCUAAUUAAGACAUUGAAAUUACCCAACUUCAAGGCAUGUGUAAUUCUUCUAGUUCUUCUUCUCAUCUAUGAUGUUUUCUUUGUUUUCAUAACACCAUUUAUCACAAAGAAUGGUGAAAGUAUCAUGAUUGAAGUUGCAGCUGGACCUUUUGGAAGCAAUGAAAAGAAUGGUGGAAACUUGGUGGAAGCCACUGCUCAGCCCUCAGCUCCCCAUGAGAAAUUGCCAGUGGUUAUCAAGGUACCAAGGCUUAUAUAUUUCUCAGCAAUGAGUGUAUGUCUAGCACCUGUUUCAAUACUGGGUUUCGGAGACAUCAUUGUUCCAGGUCUUCUGGUUGCUUAUUGUCGAAGAUUUGAUAUUCAUGUUGGUUCUUCUAUCUACUAUAUUUCCUGUGUAAUUGCCUAUGCUGUGGGCAUGGUGCUCACUUUUAUAGUUCUUGUGCUGAUGAAGCAGGGGCAGCCAGCUCUUCUGUACUUAGUACCUUGCACACUUAUUACUGUUGUGAUUGUUGCUUGGAGACGUAAAGAAGUGAAGAAGAUCUGGAAAGGUAGUAGCUACCAGAUGAUGGAAAACAUGGACUAUGGAACUAAUGAAGAAAAUGUUGUAACAACCCGUCAACAAACUGUCGAACAGUGAUAUUAAGUGGACCUGCAAUAAUCUGUUAUAUACAUUUUUCUACAAAUAGAUAGACAAUGAAGUUUGAUUUUUUAAAAUAAGAAUUUUGAAUGGGAACUCUGAAAGAAUAUUCAAUAAUUUGUAAUGCUUGCAAAAUAUGUAUUUUUUUAUGAGCUGAUACAAAGAAGUACAGCAUAAAUAAUUAAAAUGUAUUUUAAGAGCCAAAAUAUUAGUUGUGCCUUCACAUUAAAUAAAAGCAUAUUGUCUGUGCAAUUUUCAAA